UUAUAGAUUUGUGGAAAAUAACAAAUUUAAAAGACAAAUUGUUUGGGAUCCUGGUGUGAAGAAUGUUCUGGUAGAACUUUGAACGAUUUAUCACUUGUAAAACUCUCAAACAGUAAGUGUUUAAGAGUUAUGUAUGUAUGUGUGUGUGUGUGUGUGUGUGUGUGUGUGUGUGUGUGUGUGUGUGUGUGUGUGUGUGUGUGUGUGUGUGUGUGUGUGUGUGUGUGUGUUUGUGUGUGUGUGUGUGUGUGUGUGUGUGUGUGUGUGUGUGUGUGAUUGUGUGUGUGUGUGUGUGUGUGUUUCGAGUUGUAUAUAAAUGUGUGUGUGUGUGUGUGUGUGUGUGUGUGUGUGUGUGUGUGUGUGUGUGUGUGUGUGUGUGUGUGUGUGUGUGUGUGUGUGUGUGUGUGUUUCUGUGCGUGUGCGUGUGUGUGUUUGCGUGUGUGAGCCACAACUCGAUGUACACACCUUAUUUGACCCUGGCUUUUUCUGCAGUGUCUAUCUCUUGCCAAGUCUGCAGCCUGUGCGUCAUAUGCUCUGCUCUAUUGUGUAGCUUCAAGAACAGCUUUCAUUGUGUAGUUUUUGCCAUCCAGCAAUGAAAAAUCAAUUAGGAACCGACCAAUGUAUUAAUUAUUUUUGGUCUCAGGCCCCUUUGUCUGUGUCUAAAAAGUUUUGACACUCAAAAGCUUGGAUUUCAACACUUUUAUAUACAAUACUCAAUUAUGCUGCCUGUCCAUGUUUGUUAUUUUCCAAGCACAGAAAACCAGACACCCACACACAGAGACACAAACACAAAAACACAGUUUUCUAUAUAUUACUUGUGUGGAUCUGUUUGCACAAAGUGUAUUCUGGGAAAGAGAAAGCUCUUGUGUUUAUGCUGUUGAAUGUGUGUGUUACUUAAAAAAAUCCACUUGCAUGUCCGCCGAUCAGGUUAAUCCUUCCCUGGUGGAAAGGAAUGAACUCUGAACUCAACUUGCACUAGACCAUGUCAUAAUCUUAGUGUAAUGAGCUUAGUCUUUCACUUUAAACUCCCACACCCAACCCUGUCCUUGGUAGGUCUCCAGGAAGAAGAGACCAAAAGGAUAUCAAAGGCUUUCGAGUGUUGUCUUGGAAGUCAUAGAGAUCUAUAGGUUUUGACUUGAGUCUGCCUUCUAGUUCUCAGGAGAAUCACUGUUUUAUGCUUCUGUUCCAUUUUUCACGCCAACCCUACCCUACCCUCUUUACCAGAUGUAUUCCAGGAGCAGCGAACAGGGACCUCUUAUGGAUUCCCCAACAUCCCCAUCUCUGUUGAACAGACACUCUGUAAAGGUUGAUUUGAUGCCAGAGAAGAAAGGACUACCCUUCCUCAAACAUGUGCAAUAUGAAAUCACAACAAAGCGCUACAGACUACCCGUACACAGGAGCUAUAACGACUUCGAUGUGUUCCGCACACUGCUGAUCCAGAGGUUCCCCUACAGGAUGGUCUCCCAGCUGCCCCCAAAGAGGAUGCUUAAGGGGGUGCUGUCCUCCCAGUCGGAGGAAGACUUCAUUGAGUGCCGGCGACGGGGUUUGGAGAGGUUCAUCGCGCUUAUCAUGCAGCACCCUUUCAUGAGUAAGGACGCCAUGGUGGACAUCUUCCUCUGUGCCAGCGCAGAGGAUGUGAAGAAGAAACUGAGAGAAUCCUUCAAAAACCUAGGGGAUGAGUUCUUGACCAAUUGGAGCGCAUGCCAGGCCAAGGACUACUUACCUUCUGACGUUGAAGAUCAGGUGGCCUCGUGUCGUGAAUUCAUAGGGAACAUUGAGUCCAGUUUCCAACACCUGAGGGACAAGAUGGAAAGAAUGACACAAAGGUCCAAUGAACACGCAACAGAUCUGCAGCUCUUCUCCCAUGAACUGGGGUACGAUGGGCCAGAGAGUAUGCUGGGUCACUGUCUGGGGCCGAAGCAGGAGCAUGUCCAGAGAGUGUGGAGCACACAGAGACAGUGUCUGAGACGAAUGUCAAAGGAGUUCACGACACUGGUCACUAAAGCAGAACAAAAGGAAAGCCUGAAGGAGAUGGACGUGUUGGACAUACUGAACAUGUUCGUGGACCUGCUUCAUGCCUACAAGGAACUGUGGGAUCGCCAUGAGCACAGCAUGUUUAUAGAGCACCAGAAAGCUCUCCUGCAGAAUUCUACAUCUAAUCUCCGCCACGGAGCCACGACAGCCAGCAGCCUGGCAUUCUCCGACAUCCUCGGAGUUCAGCAGUUGGAGUCAAACCUCACUAAGCAGGAGAAUGCAAUCGUCACCAUGGAGUUGAGGAACGACUUCUCGCUGCUGUGUCUUUACCAGGAGACACAGCUCUUCCUCGGACACCUGCCUCUGGUCACACAGAUACUGGCCGGCUUUAUACGCACUCAGGGACAGGUUCACGCUGAGAUGGGGGCGCUGUGGUCUGAACUGGGUUUCAAGCUGACAAGCCUAAGGGAGCCUUCCUGCAGCCCGGACCCCGAGCCAGAUGAGAUCCUCUCACCUUCCUCCUCCUCGGAACUUUGCUCUGUUAGUCUCGCAUCCAGCUCUGGGUUUCUGGUCCCGUCCAUCCAUGGAGACCCCUCGAUCAACCCGAGUCGCCCCAGUUCUUGCCCUAGCACCCAAGUCAAACAGAUCCCCCAUCCUUCCCCACAGAACAGGCCCCAGCACCGAUGAGCUCCUCUGAAGAACAAACUUUUCUUUUCUUUUCUUUUUUACCUUGUGUGCGUAAAUCACCAUUAUUUGAAACUAUAACAUGUCAACUCUGAUUUUAACCACUAGAUGUCACUGUUUGCAAUCCAUUACUAAAAAAAAAAGUAUUAUGCAAAAUGAUUGAUUUCGGAAAAGUACUAUUUCACAUUAUUUAAAGGCCCAAUAUGUAUGAUUUCGGCAUUAAAAAAUUAUGUAAAAACGACUAGACGUCUGUUAUAUAUAUUUAUUUUUAUGUAGACUACUUACAUGAUCCCAAAUGUUUCAAUUGCUAAACUCAGGAAAUCCAUACUUUUAAAAUGGAAACGUCCGUGCAUUUUUGUCCAGUCUUAACGGCGUAAUUUCCCCUCAACUACUAGCAUUCGGGAAAUACGAGAAACACAGAGUCAGAAAGAAAGUCGGCAAACUAGAUAGCUAUCCAUUCUAUUGUUAUUUUCAUGAUAUUGUUUUAUUGCUCCCUCUUGAUGGAAUACGAUUAUUCAGUCGUCAGGUUUGUAGGCCUUAUAAAAAUGCUGUCAUGAAUCCAGUGUGAUUGCCAUUCGGGUCUGGUUAUUGGUCAUCCUGCCGUGCCGUCCCUCUUCCUCUAUACCCACCGGUCUUCCUCUUGCCGCGCCGCUUGCUCAUCCUGUCCCUUUCCCUUUUCCUGUGGCCGUCCUUAUUCUGUUUCCUUGUGAUAGGUCUUGCCCCCUGUGGACUCAAGGCGUCCUCAACAGUUCAGUUGACAUUGAUA